GAUAGUGCUUAGUAUUAUAUUUUUUUUUAGGUAAGUGAUGAUAUUGGAUUAUUGUACCCGUUCCAUGGCAUCAGCUUCCGCACUUAUUCUAUUGCUCUUCAUUGCGGUGCUAGUGCCAUCGACAUCACAAGAAAAAGACAAUAAUGGGCAGUUCGAUGAAUGGAUAUCUUUGAAUAUGAAGCACUACAACAGUAGAAAGAGUUUGAAAUGGAUGCAAGAAUCAAUCAAACACAAGAAACAACAAGUUCCUCCAGCUCCUUCUAGCAGCAGCCUAGAUCCAAGGCUUAUAUAUGCGGAGAUGAACAAAAUGAUAAUCAGAGUGAGUCAAGACGGAAGUGGCAACUUCAACACUAUUAAAGAAGCUCUUGCUAGUAUUCCACUCUAUAAUAAGCGCAGGGUCAUACUGGAUAUCAAACCGGGAGUUUAUAGGGAAAAGAUUAACAUUCCAAGAAGUUUGCCGUUUGUGACAUUUCGGGGCGAUAGUCGAAAUCCGCCACGGAUCACAGGAAAUGACACAGCUUCAGCUAUGGGAACCGAUGGCACGCCUUUGAAGACAUUUCAAAGUGCUACUGUUUCUGUCGAUGCUGAUUAUUUUGUCGCAAUAAAUGUCAUUUUUGAGAAUACAGCAUCCCAUGUGGUUGGGAUUGUAGGAGAACAAGCAGUGGCAUUGAGAAUAUCGGGGAACAAAGCAGCAUUUUACAAUAGCAGUUUCUACGGAAGCCAAGACACACUUUACGAUCACAAGGGACUUCACUAUUUCAACAAUUGCUUCAUCCAAGGCUCUGUUGAUUUUAUCUUUGGCUAUGGCAGAUCCCUAUAUGAGAAUUGUCAAUUGAACUCGGUGGCAAAGAAAGUAGCGUCCCUGACAGCCCAGAAACGUACAAAUUCAUCAAUAUUAAGUGGAUUCUCUUUCAAAAACAGCACCAUAACAGGGACUGGAUCAGUUUAUUUAGGCAGAGCAUGGGGUGAUUAUUCUAGAGUGAUUUUCUCUUACACUUACAUGGACAAGAUUGUUCUUCCACUAGGAUGGAGCGAUUGGGGCAAAACAAUUCGAGACUCGAGAGUGUAUUAUGGGGAGUACAGGUGCAGUGGACCAGGAGCCAACAUGACAGGAAGAGUUCCGUGGGCACGGAUACUCACCGAUGAAGCGGCCAUGCCUUUUAUUGGCACCUAUUAUGUUGAUGGCAAUUCUUGGCUUAUAUAUCCCUAUUAGUCCACAUUUUAUUGUAAACGAUGCACCUUAUAUAUGUACCGCAUUUUAUUGUAAACGAUGCACCUUAUAUAUGUACCGCAUUUUAUUGUAAACGAUGCACCUUAUAUAUGUACCUAGGUUGUGCAUCAAGUAUGAACUUUCUUAUGUAACACAGUCCCACCUUUCCAUUAUUGUUGUUGCUAAGCCAAAAGCAGAACAAUGUACUACAAACUGUUACUUUCUUCGAUUAAUAUGAAUAAAGAAUACAUUGUGUA